CGUCACGAUGUGCUUAUAUUCAUUUCUCUUUGGGCGUCCAUACACUCCGUCUCCCACCAACUCCCUCUACUCUGCCUACGAGACCGACGGCUACGCCUCCGACGUGGACACGAUGAUGUCGGCCUAUUCGUCUUCGUCUGAGCUGUUUGACGAGGAGGAGCCGCAGACUCUCAACCCGCAAGUUGUCCGCCGCCCCCAGAGAAUGCGUCUGUGGGACACUAUCAUUGACAGAACGGACGAGGAGAUGACCCUGGAGGAGACGGAGUCCCCGAGCGAGAGCGGCAGCCCCUUUGACGGCCAGCCCUCCUUUAUGUCUGUGGACGAGUCUGUGUCUGGCGAUAUCUCGGAGAAUGUCCACAGCAAUAGCUCCAGCGACUCUGAGGCUCGGAUUCAUGGUCACAACACCCGCAUCAUUUCCCGCACCCCCUUCCGCAACCGCCCAACCUACACCCACCUCGGCCGCCCCGAAGUCCGCCCCGGCUUCACUGGCGUGCACCCGGGCCCAACUCCCAUUCCCGCUGCCGCUCCCGCCCCUUCCACCUCCACCCCUGCCGCUGCCUCCGCCUCCUCCCCUCGCAAGCGCAAGCACAACCCCAGCAAAUCCAAAGUGCGCCGCGCAGCCAUCAAACCCUACGACUCCUCCAGCAGCGAGAGCGAGAGCGAGAGCAAGAGCGAAGCCCCAAGCUCCGACUUCACCUUCGACAACCCGCCUCAGAUCCGCAGCUUCUACAGCGCGUACGCCCGGCCCGACAACCCGCGUCCGCUGGCCCGGCGCGCCCCCUACAUCGAUAUGGUGGCGGCGCACCCGAGCCUGUCAGCCCCACUUCAGCCGGCGAUCACAGAAGACGCCGCUGACCGGGCCUACGAGGCUGAUCAGUCGGAUAACUCGACCGAUCGGGCGGAGUUCAGUGACUGGUCGGAUGAGGAAGAGGAUGAAGAGGCGUAUGCGGCGGACAGGGGGGAGAAGGUCAAGCUGCCUUGGCAGGGGCUGUCUCGUCCUUCUGCUGCUGCUUCUGCUGCUGUUGCUUCUCGUGGGGUGUAGAUGCAGUUGCGUUGCAGUUCACCUGUGUUGGUGGUGGUGAGGUGAGGUGUAAGUGACUGAGUGAGGUGCUGUUUGGUUCAGUCCUUCUCCG